UGUUUAGAUGUGAAAAUUUAUUUAAAAAUAUCUUGAUACGCUGAUUACAGCUUGAGUUUCCGAAGGUUAUCAGUAAUCCGAGGUCAACAAAACUAACUCCAUUUAAAGCCGAAACGCAGCGGACUUUAGUAAAUACUGUUACCAGCUGUCCUCUUCUUUCCAUUAAUUUAACGUUUUCUAAUUUCUGUUGAAAAACGGAGCUGUAAAAAAUGUCAGAGUCGAAAGGAAAAGUAAUUCUAGCGUAUAGCGGUGGUUUGGAUACCUCUUGCAUAUUGUUGUGGUUAAAAGAAAAGGGAUAUCAAGUCAUCGCUUAUGUGGCGAACAUCGGGCAAAAAGAGGAUUUCGAUGCAAUUAGAGACAAGGCGCUCAAAGUUGGUGCCGCCAAGGUCGUGAUAGACGAUGUUAGAGAAGUAUUCGUAACUUCUUACGUAUGGCCUGCUGUGGCUUGUGGCUUGUUGUAUGAGGGAAGAUAUCUUCUGGGCACUGCCACAGCACGACCAUGUAUCAGCCAGGGUUUAAUAAAAGUCGCAAAGGCUGAAGGUGCCAAUGUCAUCGCGCACGGGGCAACUGGAAAAGGAAAUGAUCAAGUUCGCUUUGAGUUGAGUUGCUACAGCCUGUAUCCUGGAAUCACGAUUUUAGCUCCGUGGAGAGAAGUCGAAUUUUACACGAAGUUCCAAGGAAGACCGGACUUGAUAAAGUACGCACGACAAAAUGGAAUUCCGAUCUCAGCAACGCCGAAGGAACCGUGGAGCACUGACGCUAAUCUCGUACACAUUAGUUACGAAUCAGGGAUAUUAGAGAAUCCUGCCGUUCCAGCGCCGAAAGGGCUCUAUAAAAUGACCGUUGAUCCAACCGAUUCCGCCUUGGAAGCGGAAGAAAUUGAAAUUACUUUUAAGACUGGACACCCGAUUAACGUGAAGAGUUUAAAAGAUGGGAAAAUGUUCAACGUUCCUCUUGCAAUAAUCGAGUAUCUCAAUGAGGUCGGUGGUGCGCACGGUAUCGGGCGGAUAGACAUUGUGGAAAAUCGUUACAUCGGAGUGAAGUCUCGAGGCAUUUACGAGUCGCCGGGCGUCAACAUUUUGAAGAUCGCGCAUCGAGACCUCGAAGUAUUCAUCUUGGAUCGCGAGGUUCUGAGGGUCAAAUCGUAUCUGACGGACAAGAUGUCGGAUUACGUUUAUAACGGUUUUUGGUUUUCGCCGGAAUGCGACUUCGUACGCGAAUGCAUCCAGCAUUCGCAAAGAUAUGUAAACGGCACAGUGAGACUGCAGCUGUAUAAGGGAAAGGCUAUGGCGAUCGCCAGAUCGAGCGAGGUCUCGUUGUAUAACCAGACUCUCGUUUCCAUGGACGUGCAAGGUGAUUUCGAGCCGACGGACGCCACUGGAUUUAUCCGCACGCAGGCUCUGAGACUGAAGGAGUUUCAUCGCUUCAAUAAACAAUACAAUGUUUGAAUCAAGAUUUUAUUGCGAGUUUUAUAAGUUUCAUUCAAUAAAAGACGCAUGCAGUUA